CUUAACCAUUAGUUGUGGACGAGUCAAGUAUUAGUUGUGUCUGUGGACGACAUCGUUAAUGCCUUGUGGACGACUUGACUAGUUGCUGUGGACGACUUAACUAUAGACCACUUUAGCUUGUAGACGACUUAACUGACACGCCAUCUUGCCAGCCUUCACCUCUCGCCAAUAUAGGUCAUUUGCGGUUUCACCGUUUGUUGUUUGUUAUCGUCGAAGAUUUUUUGUGAAAUCUCUUUAAAUAGGAAGCAUAGAAGAUUUUGUGGAAAAUAGGUGGAUAUGAUACUCAUAUUUACAAAAUGCCUUCCGCAAAGAAACGCAAUUCCUAUACUGCAGCUUUUAAGCUAGAAGUGGUGAACUAUGCUGAAGAGAAUGAUGGCAACAUGGCAGCACAUAGAAUGUAUGGAGUGAGUGAAAAGUGUGUUAGAGACUGGAGAAAAGCGAAGGAGGCGUUGAGACAGACAAAGAAGACGAAGAAAGCUAAUAGAGGCUGUAAAGCUAGAUGGGGUGACCUAGAAGACAAGCUGGAAGAAUAUGUCUUGUCACAACGUGCUGCCAAUAAGGGUUUGAACACCGGAAAGUUACGUUUAAAAGCACAAGAGAUUGCCACCGAUCUCGGCGUUGAAGAUUUCACCGGUAAUCCUUCCUGGUGCUUCAGAUUUAUGAGGAGAAAAGGUCUAAGGAAUGACAGUGACAACCAGUUGUACAUGUAUAAGAAAGCUUUCGAGAAGUUUUCAAGUGAAAUAAUCACCAAGAAAAUUAUUAAUGAUAACGAGAUACUAUAUAUGUCCAAACUUCUGGCUGUCUUCAAAUCAUAUGUUGAUAAAGUUGAAGAUCUCGAUGCUUUCGAUUACAGAUCAUCAAACUUAAAAAGUCGUCUUCGAGUGAAAUUUCCCCAACUUGAGUUUUGUCAGCUGACGUAUGAUUUAAAGAGUGAGAUAGUAUUUGUGGAAGACACGUAUCCUUCAGAGUCUUCACCGACGGAAUCAACAGAGACCGAAUCAUCUACUUCAGAAUUUGUUUCAUCCUAUGAAAAUUCUUGGGAAACAAAAUCAUCUAGUUCCGAAUCUCUUCCAUUUUGUGAAAAUUCUAGGGAAACAAUAGAAACAAAAUCAUCUAGUUCUGAAUCUCUUCCAUUUUGUGCGUCGUCUACGAAGUCUAAUCCCUUAGAUAAUGAUUUACAGUACCUCCUGUAUACGUCUGCAAUAACUUUAAGAAAUGAGUUUCCAAAAACAACUGUUUAUAACGGGGCCAGACCUCCUAUCUUAUCUAAUGACUGUGAAUCGUCUGUUUAUAACGGGACCAGAUCUCGCCUCUCGUCUGUUGACUGUAAAUCGACUGUUUAUAACGGGGCCUUGCCUCCCCUCUUAUCGGAUGACUGUAAAUCAACUGUUUAUAACGGGACCAGACCUCCCCUCUCAUCGGAUGACUGUAAAUCGUUGAUACCUAUACCAUUAUAUAAUACUAUUGCAUGGAUAGUGGGUGGAUCCGACGAACAAACGCUGGAUGCCUACGUUAAGGUUGAAGACUCAGUGAAUCUUAAACUUCUGUCAAUUCUUCGCGAUUUAGUUCAACUACACAGUAAACAUAAAGGAAAUACUCUUCAAAAUCAUCAGAACUGUGGACCCUUUAACUUGACUUGGCUUUAAGUAAUAAUGCAUGAUUUGUAAAUUUAAGGAAAAUAUCUGAUCAGUGUAUAACAACAGACUAUUAGUUUUGUAAAGAUAAACUUUAUUUACAUCAGGGACAAGAAUAUACAUGUACAUGUAAAACAGGGAUAUUUACACGGUGCAUUAUAAACUAUGACAUUUUGUUACAGAAUUUUAGGGAUCAUGAAUUAGCUUCUUUUUUUUUUAGGGUUUUGAUGUUUAGGUCUUCGUAGAAUGGGUCGCAGUAAUUUUAAGUGUUGCCAUUUUAUUUUCAACUAUAUAUAAUGUCUGGGGAUCACGGUGGCUAAGUGUGGCUCGCUAGCCUGGAGGUCGGGUGUUCGAUCCCUGCAUUGGCUGAGAAAGUUCAUCCAGAUUUUCCCCCUUGUCAGUGAUGCAGGACUGAGGGCCUGACAAGAACAACUGUCUAGUCAUUCGGAUGGGAUGGAAAACCGAGGUCCCGUAUACACAUUGGCAUGCACGUAAAAGAUCCCUGGAUAGUUGAAAUUCGAUAUAAGAGUAGGCGAUAGUGCCGCUGUCCAGGCAAAAUUUCCCUCAUAUGACACUGUAUGGCGUAUGUCCAUCUCCAUUAGCCCAGUCGGAGCAGAACAGUAGGACGUUAAACCCUAUUUCAUUUUAUUUCCUUUAUAUAAUGUCUUCGAAAUAUCAACUGGGAUUUUACAUUGUGUUUAUAUUAAGCAGCCCCCUUGGUUAUAUUUCAGAUAAUUUUCCAUCACUUAAUGAAGAUGUUUCCCAAAUGGCAGCCCCCUUUUGCUAUCAUUAUUCCAAUCCAAAUAAUUGUCGGCAUUUCUAAAUAUAUAUUAUGUAGCGUGUUUAAAAUAAGCUGUUGCCCCUGUCCGUCCAUUUACAUUUGUUGAUUGACAAAAUUUUUAUCCAAUUUUGAUGAAACUUAUAAAUAUAUGUUUAUAUUCCACAGAUCUUGGAUGAAAUCUGUUUUAGCUCGUAACGGAGCCUAACUUUGUGUAUUAUUGCCAAUGAUUGUAAAACACAUUGUGUUUUAUUGGUUUAUGGAUCAUCUAAGAGUAACAAUUAUCUGAAUUUAAAAAGCUUUCAUUUUUAUCUGCAGACAAGAAAAACUACAUAGAAAUGCAAAAAAUAAACAACCAAUAUCAAAUCAAGUGUUGUAUGUGACAAGGAGUAGGGUUGCCUGUCUAAUGUAUCAAAUCAAGUGUUGUAUGUGACAUGGAGUAGGGUUGCCUGUCUAAUGUAUCAAAUAAAGUGUUGUAUGUGACGAGGAGUAGGGUUGCCUGUCUAAUGUAUCAAAUCAAGUGUUGUAUGUGACAUGGAGUAGGGUUGCCUGUCUAAUGUAUCAAACCAAGUGUUGUAUGUGACAAGGAAUGGGGUUGCCUGUCUAACGUAUCAAACCAAGUGUUGUAUGUGACAUGGAGUAGGGUUGCCUGUCUAAUGUAUCAAAUCAAGUGUUGUAUGUGACAUGGAGUAGGGUUGCCUGUCUAAUGUAUCAAAUCAAGUGUUGUAUGUGACGAGGAAUAGGGUUGCCUGUCUAAUGUAUCAAAUCAAGUGUUGUAUGUGACAAGGAAUAGGGUUGCCUGUCUAAUGUAUCAAACCAAGUGUUGUAUGUGACGAGGAGUAGGGUUGCCUGUCUAACAUAUACAUGUACAUGUAUCAUAUCAAGUAAAUGGAUCCAGUUGCCAGCUGUGUGUACUAGUAAAAUGAAAUGAAAUGAAAUGAAAUGGGGUUUAACGUCCUACUGUUCUGCUCCUAACCUGGGCUAAUGAAGACGGGCAUACGCCAUACUGUGUGCUAUGAGUAAAACGAAGAAACCUGUUAAAUUUCAUCAAUUUCUGUUCAUAACUUUUAGGGUUAUGGCCCUUGUUUAACUUUGUAGACUCUAGUGAGCACUAAAACAACAAAAGCUAUCAUGGAUCUGUAUUAAAUUGAUAUAAGUUAAAACUUUGUCCACUGCUCAGACCAUUUAGCUGUUCUGUUGCCUGGCAACCUAUCAAAUUAUUUAUUUGUAUGUUUUCUUAUAAAUACUUUUUAUACUUGAAAAUUGUUAUUGAUAAAGAUAAUAAAGAUAUAAAGUACA